AUGAGAUCUCCUACCUUGGAUGAAAAAGAGGCAUUUUUUGCCCAGCUACAGGCUCUUGAUGUGAUUCGUGAUAGUGAUGAUGAGCUCAGUCCCAAGGAAUUAAAGUAUCGCGAACAGAGCCGAGCCUUUUUCAAGUCUCAAGCGAAGCUUACGUUCCCGAAGAAGCAGAAGGGAAAAGACCAAGAGGAUCCAGAAUUGUCGCGAUCAAAGAGCAUAACGGCCAAACACUCGGCGCAAACAGCUACACCAGGAGCACGAGUCAUUGAGGGUGCCCCGGGGAAUCAACCUCUCGCAGUCAGAAUCCCGACAACUCUGGAAAGCUCAUUUCAAACCAUAGAAGAGACUUCAGUUCCGGACAUUACACAACCUACGCGGGCAGGCCUUCGCCGGAGCAUGACGAUGCCUGAGAUACCGGCCCCUUCGCUGAGCGAACAGUCGCCACUGCCCAGCACCGCUGGGAGAAAGCGCAAGCGACAAGCUGCUGCUCAAAAGGCAGUACAUCAAGCACCUCAGAUCUUUACUGGGUUAUGUUUCUAUUACAUCCCGGACAAUGACAUAGCUCCUGCGCGCAAGCUACGCAUCACAAGAGCCCAGGAACAUGGUGCCCAAUGGGUCCGACAACUUACCGCCGCAAGCCAUGUCAUCGUGGACAAGGCAUUGAAAUACAAGGACAUUGAACGUAUUUUGGGGCCUCAUCCCCCAGCGUCAUUGAUUGUAGUCAAUGAAGACUACCCCCUCGACUGCAUCUCGUUCCGCACAAUACUUAACCCAGACCAAAGGCGAUACAAAAUCACUGGGUUUCCUCGUCUUGUGAAGGAGUCUUUAUCUCGCAACCAAUGUUCUACGCAGGCAUCUGAUCGUUCACUAGAUGUACGUGAGACAAAGUCCUCCAAGAGAAGGAGGGAGUCUUCCCCUCAAGGAGAGAUCACAUCCCCGGAUUGGUCAUCCCCAAUUCGACCAAGGCUUGCACAGACAAAAGCUACUGUUCAGAACCAAGCUCCUGACAGCAUACUAUACCAACCAUCCACAUAUAAACCCGAGAUAUCUCGUCCAUCUGAGCCGGCCGCUAGAAAGCUAACCAGAACGGGGCCAGAGAUCAAGGAUGAACUCUCCAAGUAUAUUGAACUUAUACAGCAGUAUAAAGAUCUUCCUCUCGAUCCCGAAGAAGAUGAUGUUCAGUCGAUCAAUGAUAGCCCAGAAGCCGUACCGGAUUUUGAACUCUCAGAACCAUCUGAUGGGGAGCGAGCACAAAAACGAGCACCGGUGAAAACAUGCCUCGGGGGACAGGAGAUAUCCUUCGCCGACCGUUUCGCCUGCAGUCGGGGUGGGACAAAAGACAAGUCAACAGACUCUCAGAACCCCAAUGCCCGGACGAUUGAAGUCCUUCAGGCCAUGUGCGACUAUUACACACGCAUCAACGACCGCUGGCGGAGCAUAGCCUACCGUAAAGCGAUCAAUACCCUCCGAAGACAAACAGUCGAGAUCUGCACCGCUGAGGAAGCUGCUCGUCUGCCCAAUAUUGGCAGCCGGCUUGCGGCCAAGAUCGAAGAGAUUGUCUCAACAAACCGUCUUCGGCGUCUGGACUACGCUAAUGAUGAGCCGACUGGCCAAAUCCUUUCCACAUUUCUCAAGAUUUACGGCGUUGGCAACGCUCAGGCAAACAAGUGGAUCACGCAGGGCUUCCGCACGUUGGAAGACUUGCGUCAGAAGGCUGACCUCACGCCUAACCAACGCAUCGGCAUUGAGCACUAUGACGACCUUAACAGCCGAAUUCCCCGUGCAGAAGUCGAGGCCCUGUUCGCAUACGUACGUCGCGAAGCUGGAGCUAUUGAUCCGAAUAUCGAGUUGCUCGUCGGCGGCAGCUACCGCCGCGGCGCCGAUUCCUCGGGGGACAUCGACAUCAUUAUCACAAAGAAAGGCACCCGCACGUAUGGCGAGCUGGUGCACUUCCUUGAAGACCUGAUCACGGUGCUCGGGCGCAAGGGCUUCCUGGUCGCGACGCUCGCGGCGCUACAUACCCAUCGCCCGGGAAAAGACGGGCCCGGGAGUAAAUGGCACGGGUGCUGUGUUUUGCCAAAGGAAGCUGGAGGCAGGGAUCCGCUGGUUUGGAGGCGGAUUGAUUUUCUGCUGGUGCCAGAAACGGAGUACGGCGCGGCGCUUAUCUACUUCACAGGGAAUGAAAUGUUUAAUCGGAGCAUGCGGUUGUUGGCGGCUAAGAAGGGGAUGAGGUUGAACCAGAGGGGGUUGUAUAAGGAGGUUAUGAGGAAAAAGGGAAGCGUGAAAGUUACAGGGGGGGAAUUGGUCAAGGGACGGGAUGAGAAGAGGAUCUUUGAGAUACUGGGGGUUAAGUGGAGAGAGCCUUGGGAGAGAUGGUGUUGA